GCCAGAGAUGACAAAUAGCAAUCAACUCCACUGUUUUGACAAAUGCAGUCACCGCCGUCUCUUCUGAAUUCCUCUUUUUUCCUCAAGUCACCAUUUCUCAGGUAAAAAUAAAGUCUCUAUCUCUCUCACAUCUCUAUGUGUGAAAACUGAAAAUUGAGGGAUGUAUGCGAAGCAGAAGAAGCUAAGGCCUCGACUUGACCGGACAAAUGCCCUAAAAGACGUCGAUUACGACGCUUCACAGUCGGUUCCGUCUUCUCCGUCGUCGUUAAGAGAUCAACAUGCUCACCGGACUAGGUCGCUUGACCUUUAUCCUGUACCCGACCGUACAAGUUUCAGAAUCGACGGUGCUGCUGGUGAAUUCGACACUAUUUGCCGCUCUCUCGGGCUUUCUCCUGAAGACUUUGCGAUUCCGGUAGCUGCGUGGGAAGCUGGGAAACCUUGCUCUCGUUCUGACAGGUUGCGCAGCACCAGGUUUUCUGAUGACCGCCCUGACUCUGAUAUUAAGCUUGAGGACGCGAAUGAACUGUCUGAUAGUGUUAGAACUGCUGCUAGGGUUACAGUUGACGCUGAAUCGAACAUCCGUAAUUUGCCCGAAAAUGUUAUUGAGGUGACGAUUAGUGAAUCGGAUGUAGACACUGAAUGCUCUCACUCUGACUGUUUCGGCUCCGAGGAUGAGCUUGAGACUGCUGAUGAGGUUAGAAAUGGUGUUAGGGGUAUUGUUGGCGGUAAAUUGAAGCACGUAUUAUAUUCAUCACCUGAAAAUUUGAUCAAGGUUAGGGUUAGUGAAUCAGAGGACGAUAAUUUGCCAACGGAUGUGAAGUGUGGAAUUAAGGGUUUUAGACCACCAAGGCUGGCUCCUCCAGCGACAGACGUGGACGAUUUCACAUCUGCUUGGGAUUUUAUCAAAAGUUUUGGUCCUGCCGAUGAUGAAGGUAUGGUUUCGCCGUUACCUGAUGAGAGCACUUCUGAUGACAUACUUGUAAACGAGCAAGUAGAAGAGCUUGCUAAGAACGAAGAGCGUAGAGAGGAGUUUGUAAGAAAUGCUUCACAGGUAUCAGAGUCUUCUUCGGAAAUAUCCACUGAUAGAGAUAACGACUCCUCAGUCUCGAGGACAGAAAAUGAUGGAGCUUGUGGAAAGCCAUUCGAGCAAGGUGUAAGAGAUGCUGCUGAAAGUUCUAAAUCACCUAGUGGUGAUUCCUACAGCCUGAUAUCAAAGACAAGCUCCAAGUCACCCACCGGUGAAUCCGAUGACGUUAUCUCAGCGAUGAGCUCUAAGUCACUGAGUGGUGAUUCAUAUGCAUUGAUUUUGAAGCCUGUACAUUCUGUUUCUCCAAAUGGUUCCCCCAGUAUAAAAUCUUGGCAGAAGGGCGACUUUCUUGGGAGUGGGUCAUUUGGAACAGUGUAUGAAGGCUUUACCGAUGAUGGAUUCUUUUUUGCCGUCAAAGAAGUUUCGUUGAUUGACCCAGGAAACCAACAAAGCCUUUUUCAACUUGAACAGGAGAUUUCUCUUCUAAGUCGUUUUCGACAUAGAAAUAUAGUUCGCUAUCAUGGCACAAACAAGGAUGAGAGCAAACUGUAUAUCUUUCUUGAGCUUGUUACAAAAGGUUCACUUGCUAGUGUCUAUCGCAAGUAUCGCUUGCGUGAUUCCCAUGUUUCAGAUUACACCAGGCAAAUCUUGAGUGGGUUGCAUUAUCUUCAUUCCAGAGAAGUGAUGCACAGGGACAUUAAGUGUGCCAAUAUAUUGGUGGAUGCUAAUGGUUCAGUGAAGCUUGCAGAUUUUGGACUGGCAAAGGCAACACAAUUGAAUAACAUCAAGUCUUGCAAAGGAACUGCAUUCUGGAUGGCCCCAGAGGUUGUUAAUAGGAAGAGCAAUGGAUAUGGAACUCCUGCUGAUAUAUGGAGUUUGGGUUGCACUGUCUUAGAGAUGUUAACUGGACAAAUUCCUUAUUCUCACUUGGAAGGGAUGCAAGCACUGUUCAGGAUAGGCAGAGGUGAACCUCCUCCUAUACCAGAUACCUUAUCGACAGAAGCUCAGGAUUUCAUAAAAAGCUGUUUGCGAGUUAAUCCAAAUGAUCGGCCAACUGCAGCUGAACUACUAGAACAUCCAUUUGUUAUGAAGCCACCAUCAAAUUUCUCAGGUCCUUUAGCGCCAUAAAUUCUGCUGUCAAUUGUACUGAGG